GCAGGUGAAGAAAUCAACACUGAAUCCUAAUGCAAAAGAAUUCAACCCGUCAAAGACUCUUCUUUCUGUGAACAAAUCACCAAGUACUCCUACAUCACCAGGGCCACGCACCCAUUCUACACCCUCUAUCCCAGUGAUUACACCAGGGCAAAGUGGCAUGUACAGCACACAAUAUAUUUCUUACAUCCCACAGAUUCACAUGAGCCCAGCUGUGCAGACACCUCAGAUGUACCCCUAUCCUGUUUCCAAUUCUGUGCCCGGACAGCAAGGGAAAUACCGAGCUAAAGGGUCUCUACCUCCCCAGCGUUCAGACCAGCACCAGCCCACCUCAGCUCCUCCCAUUAUGCAAGCAGCAGCAGCUGCAGGGCCCCCUCUGGUAGCUGCAACUCCAUACUCUUCAUACAUCUCAUACAAUCCCCAGCAGUUCACAGGACAGCCUACUAUGAUGCAGCCCAUGGCCCACUAUCCCUCGCAGCCUGUGUUUGCCCCCAUGCUGCAGAGUAACCCCCGUAUGAUGACAUCUGGCAGUCACCCCCAAGCUAUCGUCUCAUCAUCUACUCCACAGUAUCCUCCUGCAGAACAGCCUACGCCCCAAACUCUUUAUGCCACAGUGCAUCAAUCGUAUCCCCAUCAUGCCACACAGCUGCAUCCGCAUCAGCCUCAACCAGCUACCACACCCACGGGCAACCAGCAGCAAACACAACAUGCCGCCCCCAGCCCUGUGCAGCACCAAGCUGGACAACCACCUCACUUGGCCAGUGCUCAGCAGCAGCAGAACCUGUACCACGCUGCUACACUGGCAGCUACGCCACCCUCCAUGACCCCGGGGCCCAGCGCUCAGUCGCCACAGAGCGGUUUCCCACAGCCGGCAGUUUAUGCCAUUCAUGCCCAUCAGCAGCUGCAGCACGGAUACACCAACAUGGCCCAUGUCACUCAGGCCCAUGUCCAGACUGGAAUUGCAGCUGCCCCACCACCUCACCCUGGAGCUCCCCAAGUCAUGUUAUUGCAUCCGUCACAGACUCAUGGUGGACCCCCUCAAGGAGGUGUGCCCCAGAGUGGUGUGCCCACCCUUUCUGCCUCCACACCAUCCCCCUACACAUACAUAGGGCACCACCAAGUUCAGUCUCAUCCCUCCCAGCAGCUAUCAUUCCACACCCCUGGGAAUUGAUGUCCACGCUUCUCCCUGUGACCUGAGACCCCAGCCAGCUAUGGCUCUGUUGCUGACCCCCCAAGCCUGGGCCAUCCCUUGUGCCCAAGUUAGAGGCCUCUGAAGGGAUGCAGUCUGGCCCAGCCCUCUUGGCAAGCACCUUCCGUUCCGUUGGUUUAGUGAAGCCUGCCCAGGGUACUGUUGACCAGCGGGAUGGAGCAAGACCCCUUUCCAUUGCCCAGAGGAGGGCAGGGUUUAUUUUCUGUUAUUUAUAACUCCAUUGGGGUUCCUAGAGCAAGUGCCACUUUCCCACAUUAACUUGACAAGGACAUGACCAUAUGGACAAAUCUUGACUUUUUAUUAAGUAAAAAUAUUUAAAAAGUUAAAAAAAUAAAAUUUUAAACUAACUAAUGUUGGACUUGGGGUGAAUGUGUGGGAGGGCCAGUUUGUAAACAACAAUCCUUAAUUGUGGUUCUGCAGCAUCAGAGAGGAAGACUUUGUGACCUGUCCAGCAUACGUAGCUCAACUAGACUUGAAGAACUGUUUUGGAAUUCAGCAUUAUUGUCUAAUAGCAUAAUUUUCCUCUCUGAAAAUAGAUCAUCAAGGAUUAGUAGUUUUGAGUGACAGUGAAACAAACCCUAAACCAGUAGUUUUUAGUGCUGGGGUUAUCCUGUGAAUGCAGUACACACCAAAUUAAAAUUUUAAUUGAUGCUUUUAUUGGAAUCAAUGACACCAUAUGAAAUUUAAGGACUUUGGGGAUGAGCAGAAAUGG